GCGGGAACGGCUAGAGGUAGACGUGGAGAAAUGUACGUUCGGAGGAACUGCGGUUUUGUAGAGCGAGGCUCAACGGUCUUGCCCUUUUCCAACAUGGCGGCUCGGCUUCCCUGAGUGUCUUGCUUCCUUCCGCUCGUCCGCCGGAAGGCCGUCUUUGAUUGGGCCGUGGGCGGCACCCUUGCGUGACGCAUAGGGCCGCUGACCAAUCGAUUGAGAGCUGAGCUGGACUUGGCGGUGGGAGCCGGAGCCGGAGCCGGAGCCGGACCCGGGCUGGGCUCACGUAGUUUUAGGUGCCAGCGGCUGCGGCGAGGCGGGCGGCUACGGCCAGACUAUGGCAACAUAUCUGGAGUUCAUUCAGCAGAAUGAAGAACGGGAUGGUGUGCGUUUCAGUUGGAAUGUGUGGCCUUCCAGCCGUCUCGAGGCUACAAGAAUGGUGGUUCCUCUGGCUUGUCUCCUUACGCCUUUGAAAGAACGUCCAGACCUGCCCCCUGUACAGUAUGAACCUGUGCUCUGCAGCAGACCAACUUGCAAAGCCAUUCUCAACCCACUUUGUCAGGUUGAUUAUCGGGCAAAACUUUGGGCCUGUAAUUUCUGUUUCCAAAGAAACCAGUUUCCUCCAGCUUAUACAGGCAUAUCUGAGGUGAAUCAGCCUGCUGAAUUGAUGCCCCAGUUUUCUACAAUUGAGUACGUGAUACAGCGAGGUCCACAGUCUCCUCUAGUCUUCCUUUACGUGGUCGACACGUGCCUGGAAGAAGAGGACCUUCAAGCACUCAAAGAAUCUCUACAAAUGUCUCUGAGUCUCCUUCCUCCAGAUGCUCUGGUGGGUUUGAUCACGUUCGGGAGGAUGGUGCAGGUUCACGAACUCAGCUGUGAAGGAAUCUCCAAAAGUUAUGUUUUCCGAGGGACCAAGGAUUUAACUGCAAAGCAGAUACAGGAUAUGCUUGGCCUGACCAAGCCUGCCAUGCCCAUGCAGCAAGCAAGACCUGCUCAACCACAAGAGCACCCUUUUGUUUCGAGCAGGUUUCUGCAGCCUGUUCACAAGAUUGACAUGAACCUCACUGACCUUCUUGGGGAGCUGCAGAGGGACCCGUGGCCCGUAACUCAGGGGAAGAGACCUUUGCGAUCCACUGGUGUUGCUUUGUCUAUUGCUGUUGGCUUGUUGGAGGGCACUUUUCCGAACACGGGAGCCAGGAUUAUGUUGUUUACAGGUGGUCCUCCCACCCAAGGGCCUGGAAUGGUGGUUGGAGAUGAAUUAAAGGUUCCUAUUCGUUCCUGGCAUGAUAUUGAGAAAGAUAAUGCACGUUUCAUGAAGAAAGCAACCAAGCACUAUGAAAUGCUUGCUAAUCGAACUGCUACAAAUGGCCACUGCAUCGAUAUUUAUGCUUGUGCCCUUGAUCAAACUGGACUUUUGGAGAUGAAAUGCUGUGCCAAUCUUACCGGAGGCUACAUGGUCAUGGGAGAUUCUUUUAACACAUCACUUUUCAAGCAGACAUUCCAAAGAAUUUUUAGUAAAGAUUUUAAUGGAGAUUUCCGAAUGGCAUUUGGUGCUACUUUAGAAGUAAAGACCUCUCGGGAACUGAAGGUUGCAGGAGCCGUUGGUCCUUGUGUAUCUCUGAAUGUGAAAGGAUCGUGUGUGUCAGAAAAUGAGGUUGGUGUCGGUGGCACGAGUCAGUGGAAAAUCUGUGGUCUGGAUGCCACAACUACACUUGGCAUCUACUUUGAAGUAGUCAAUCAGCACAAUGCCCCGAUCCCCCAAGGAGGCCGCGGCGCCAUCCAGUUUGUCACGCAGUAUCAACACUCCAGCACCCAGAGACGCCUCCGUGUGACCACCAUUGCCCGAAAUUGGGCAGAUGCACAGAGUCAGUUCAAGCACAUAGAAGCAGCAUUUGACCAAGAGGCCGCAGCAGUCUUGAUGGCACGGCUGGGAGUGUUCCGAGCAGAGUUAGAAGAUGGGCCUGAUAUACUCCGGUGGCUGGACCGACAACUCAUUCGACUGUGUCAGAAGUUUGGGCAGUAUAACAAGGAUGAUCCUACCUCUUUUAGGCUAUCGGAUUCCUUCUCUCUGUAUCCUCAGUUCAUGUUCCAUCUUAGAAGAUCUCCGUUUCUUCAAGUGUUUAACAACAGUCCCGACGAAUCGUCGUAUUACAGACACCAUUUUGCCCGACAGGAUUUGACCCAGUCUCUCAUCAUGAUCCAGCCCAUUCUCUACUCCUAUUCAUUCCAUGGACCACCAGAGCCAGUACUGUUGGACAGCAGCAGCAUUCUAGCUGACAGAAUUUUGUUGAUGGAUACUUUCUUCCAAAUUGUCAUUUAUCUUGGUGAGACCGUAGCCCAGUGGCGUAAAGCUGGGUACCAGGACAUGCCUGAGUAUGAAAGCUUCAGGCACCUUCUGCAGGCACCACUGGAUGAUGCUCAGGAAAUUCUUCAAGCACGCUUCCCAAUGCCCCGCUACAUUAACACAGAGCAUGGGGGCAGUCAGGCUCGAUUCCUUUUGUCCAAAGUGAAUCCAUCUCAGACACACAAUAACCUGUAUGCUUGGGGACAGGAAACGGGAGCACCCAUCCUAACUGACGACGUUAGCUUGCAGGUGUUCAUGGAUCAUUUGAAGAAGCUGGCUGUCUCCAGUGCCUCUUAAGCUGGGCAUGUGAGCUGGAAAUUAAAGAAACACUGUCAGUUGUGUUUAUGAUUGUUUAUAAAAACGUAAUAGCAUUCCUUUUACUUUUCUUGUCGAUUUAAAUAAAUAAUCAAAGGAAAUGUAUGUAACUCUUUUUAAUUUAUUUGUAUUUCUUCUCUGUGCCUCUUUUCUUGCAUCAUAAAAUUGUAAAUGUUUAUAUGCUUUUUGUAUCCUAACUUUACAGUCUAUAUAAAAUCAAAGGUAAUGUAUUUUGGCAACCUGCUUAGAUGAAAACCAUAAUGGUCAGAAAGGAAAUAAAUUUGAAUGAAGAAAGCACUGGCUAAAAUGAUGCUAAUACAAAUUUGAUUUCCUGAGAGAUGUGUGUGUUUUAAGUGACAGCCCCCCAAAUUUCCUGUAUUUAAUCCUCAUUUACUCCCUAAAUGUUAACAGAUCAAGGAAAAGUUUGAAAUAUGUGAAACUUUGUUGAGGCAGAGUGGUCUAGAGAAGCACUGUCCCUGAGUCACUUAAACAUGCCAUGUAAACCGUCCAGCCUAGGUAGGCUGAUGGGCAUAUGUAGCUCUAACAGUGACAAUACAUUUAUCUUGGGCACAAGUAAAAUAACUUUAACAGGUACUGCUUUUUAAUCAAAGUAAAAAGAAACAAAAAAACUUAAAGAGCUUAUAACAAUGACAAUUUCCUCCACUUCCUAAGCCUAGACCCUACUCUUCAGUGGUAACUACUUUUAACCUUUCCUUUCAAAUUUGUUGUUGUUGAUGUAUCGGUUUUAGCCAGUACCUCUCAAUUCCCAUUUUUAAGAAUGAGGAUUUUAAUACCUUUCUACCAUUCAGUUUUGAUCAGCUAUACCUUUAUUUGUAUAUUAUCAUGGUUAGUAAAAUUUACAUUCUAACCUA